GUGGGUGCCUAUGGGACAAUGCACUCAGAGCGGGGACUCACUUAUUACGAAGUAGCCUUGAGUGGACACAUGCUUCCGCAGUUUGCGCCAGUAGCGCUCGUUCUUAUAUCACCUCGGUGUCUAGCACGUCUCAAUAGCACAGUUUGUUUUAUUCUUUGUUGAAUAAUGCCUGCCAUCAGGACACAGUCGCGCUCAACGAAAUCCGCCAUCGACGAACGUAAGAAAACAAUCGCAAGGGCUUCCAUACCAGUCGUGGAAGAAAUGCAGGACCUGGCAGACUGCGAGAUGUAUUACCCCUUGAGUGAAGAAGGCCGCAACACCUUCAAGACGCACGACGGCAAGCGCGUCACUCCGCAUCAGUGGGCAGUAUACGAUUUCACUAGAACAAUCCCUUGCGGUCGUGUCACGACGUACAAGGAUAUCUGCAUCGCUCUUGGGCAAGGUUCGCCGCGAUCAGUUGGUUCUGCGCUUCGAAACAACCCAUUUGCACCGUUUGUGCCUUGCCAUCGCAUCAUUGCAUCAAAUCUGUACAUUGGUGGAUUCUUUGGUGAGUGGGGCACUGGCACGAACGCAAGGGGUGGACGGAAGAAUACUGGGUUGCAGUGCAAUAGAAAGAUGGAGAUGCUUACAAAGGAGGGGGUUACGUUCUCCAUGGAAGGAUAUCUUGCUGAUGAAUCUCUCCUCUGGGUCGGGAGAGGCUGAACUGGCCUCAUUGGCUGUCAUAUAUACUCAGAAGAUUAUACGACCACAGAUGUUCUCUAACGUGAAUGAACAAUAUUCAGUUGUAGAGAAGACCUGGAACGUCAUUGUAAUGCUCCCUUGCAAAGGAAGCGCUAUGUUACUGGCACGAAAAAUCUAUAACACCAGUGCUGAUCACAUGCGUUCUGAACUUCUUGGCUCCUUGAAAUUCUGGACGUUCUGUGCGUGUUUGGUG